AUCUGGUGGUGACGGGCUUUGGCUUCGACGUCACAUUUCUGGUCGGAAGGUCCCAGCGUCUAACCUCUUAACCAGACAUCUGUAAACAGACGAGAGAAUAUGGAUGAAGACGUGUUGACAACUUUAAAAAUAUUAAUUAUCGGAGAAAGCGGUGUUGGGAAGUCGAGUCUUCUUCUAAGAUUUACUGAUGACACCUUUGACGAAGAGUUGGCUGCAACUAUCGGUGUAGACUUUAAAGUGAAAACAAUCGCGAUAGAUGGGAACAGGGCAAAGCUGGCAAUAUGGGACACAGCAGGACAGGAGAGGUUUAGGACUUUGACUCCAAGCUACUAUCGGGGCGCACAAGGAGUCAUUUUGGUGUAUGAUGUUUCAAAGCGGGACACUUUCACCCGACUGGAAAACUGGCUGAAUGAACUGGAGACGUACUGUACACGUAAUGACCUUGUGAAAAUGCUGGUUGGGAACAAGAUAGAUAAGGACAAUCGGGAAGUUGACAGAAAUGAAGGCCUUAAGUUUGCACGGAAACAUUCAAUGCUGUUUAUAGAGGCGAGUGCUAAGACAUGUGACGGCGUACAGUGUGCCUUCGAGGAGCUGGUGGAGAAGAUCCUGCAGACCCCGGGCCUGUGGGAGAGCAGCGUGCAGAGCCAGGGCGUGCGCCUGGACCAGGGCCAGCCCGCCGGUGGGGGCGGGGGCAGCUGCGGGGGGUACUGCUCCGUCCUCUAACCACUAGCCAGCCCCCACCCAAAAAAAGACAAACUAAGACGGAACGCGCGUAGCCUCUCUGCUCCCUCCUCCCCCUUCAGCGAGUCGGGAGGGUUCGGUCCCUCUGAAGCGUAGUGCCGAGGGACUCGACUGUUUGCACACUCUACACCUUGCACAUCAUGUUGUAUGGGCCGUGUCUAAUGUACUUUUCUUUGAUCGGUGUUAUUUAAAAAAAAAAAAACAAGGCUUCUUGUUAUUCCAUGAUCCUGUGGGAUGCUCCAUCUUAAAUAUAUCAUGUACAAUGUAGUUUCAGUUCACUUUCUGUGUCUGCAAUAUCAGCUGUGAACAGCGCAGUGGGUUCACUUUCUGUGUCUGCAAUAUCAGCUGUGAACAGCGCAGUGGGUUCAUCUCCUGUGUCUCUUCUACGUGCAGCCUUUACCAUCCAGUCCAGAGGCCAAUGAGAGGGGAUGGGGAGGCAGUAGACAGGAAUCUUUAGGUCAGGUGACAUUACUGCAGAGAUAUAUGUACUCAUUGACUAUAAUAGAACCUGCUUUUCAUCCUUUUUAUGUAUUGCUUAUCGAUGCUUCUCUCAGCAUUGGAAGGCAUUGCCUUAGGUCUGUGUACUUUGCCUGUUCUCUCUGGACUUUUAGUCAGUAGGUGUUAUAAUGGGCACUACUUUUCUAAGCAAUCGCAAAAACCUGCUGUCUUGUAUUCGGCUUUAAGAACGAGCCACUUGUAUUUUGCUGAGCAUGCCUCUUUUAUGUCAGAUCUAAAGCAUUUUUUUCUUCCAACAGUGUUUGUUUUGAAACUUCUCAUUUCUUGCUCUGCUUGACCAGGAACUGUAGAUAAAGGAUGACAAAAAAUACCUCUGUCAGGCCAUAUAGGGAAAGACUUUGGACUUCAGAGCUCAUGCCCCAAGCAUACAGUUUCAUGGAAGAAGAGGCAUAUUUACCCAAGGCAAGCAUCCAAAUAUUUGUGUUCACAGCAAAAGCCUUUCCUUGUCGUAGGUUCAUACUUAAUUCAUACUCCAUAAAUUGGCAUAAUAUCACUUUAAUCUGUCUGAGUUAAGGGAAAAUAAUUUGAAUGGACGUGUUUUUGCUUGUAUGCACAUCCUGCUUAAAGCAAUAUUCUCCGUUAGUGACCUUUUGUUUGAAUUGUCUCCAUCCAUACUUGACUCUUGAAAACAAUUAUGCCUUAAUAUCUGACUGUGACAUGAUAAUCUGUGUAUCACUUGGGCCACUUUUCUUUUGUAAUUCAGCAGAAUCCGCAUGAAUCAGAAAGGUGGUAGAUCAAGGAAGUAGAUUAGUGAGGUGAUAUUUGUUUUUUUUCCUGUUAAAACAGAUUAUGGAUCUGUGUCUUUUGCCUCACUGAGCAGUUUGGACAAAAAUGGAGGCAACCGUAAUUGCUGGUUUUCUGGCCAAUGCUGUAAUACUUUGCCUUGGCCUAUCAAAGAAAGGUAUUGAUUGAACCAUUCCUGUGAUUGGGUGUGGGUUGUCAAAUGUAAGACGGGAACACUAGAUCAGCUCUUUUACUUUGCAAUAAAACAUGUUGAUGUUCA